GGCUGGCAGAGACCCCACAUCAUCUGGAAAAAGGGAUAAAUACGCCAAGCUGCAUGGCCCGGCUGGGCUGGGAGAUGAGCCAGCCAUGGGACAGUGGCACCUGGGAAAGGAUGGGGGGUUGAAGGCUGGGCAGGGUCAGGGUCAGAGCGUGUGGCACGGCUGCUUCCACCACUUGGGGGGCCUGGAGCUCACAGGGAUUCCUCAGCUUAUAGCACAAAAGCAGGAGAUGUUCUCGGCCUGGGACAGGGAGCAGGCACCUGUCCUAUCCAUCCGCCUUCCCCCAUUCUACCUGCCCUGCCCCUGCCCCCCAGCUCACUCCCCUGCCCUCCCCAGCCCCGCCCCAGCCUGGAGGCCCAUAUGGAAGUCACCCUCUUUGCUGCGCUGAAGGCAAAAGGUCGUUCUCCCCCUCAGGCCCCCUUUUCUCGGGCAGCCGUGGGCUCUUCCUUGGCUCUUCCCAGGGAGCCAGCUGGCUCCAGCUGGGACCCUUUCCCUCCUGGGCCAGCCCACGGCAGGUGCUCAGCCGGGAGGAGCCGUGUCUCCAGUGUCCUGCCCCCUGGAGGCGUCGAAUUCCUCGCCGGCUCCCUGACCUGCUCUUAAUCCCCACUGCUCGGCCAAUAAAGCUUUUGCUAAAUUAGGUAAAAUGGCCUGGGCACCAAUCAGGGGCCGAGGGCUAAUGGGAGGCAGCUGAUAGGCUGCUGCAAGAGCGGCACCCGGUGACACCCAAUGGCGUGGUGCUGGGAGGCAGGAUGUUGGUCGAGGACAGUACAAAUUGGGGGGCCAGGGGCGGAGGGGAAGCUCCUGGGGUCUGUGUGUUGCAGGCUGCGGUAACUCUGGUCUGUGGGCGCUGCAGGGCGACCAGUCAACAUGACGACGGACCAGCAGGCGGAAGCGCGGUCCUUCCUCAGCGAGGAAAUGAUUGCGGAGUUCAAGGCCGCCUUCGACAUGUUUGACGCGGAUGGCGGCGGGGACAUCAGCACCAAGGAGCUGGGCACCGUCAUGCGCAUGCUGGGGCAGAGUCCCACCAAGGAGGAGCUGGAUGCCAUCAUUGAGGAGGUGGAUGAAGAUGGCAGCGGCACCAUCGACUUCGAAGAGUUCCUGGUCAUGAUGGUGCGUCAGAUGAAGGAGGAUGCCAAGGGCAAGUCGGAGGAGGAGCUGGCAGAGUGCUUCCGCGUCUUCGACAGGAACACGGACGGGUACAUCGAUGCCGAGGAGCUGGCCGAGAUCUUCCGAUCCUCUGGCGAGAGCGUGACUGAGGAGGAGAUUGAGGAGCUCAUGAAAGAUGGGGACAAAAACAAUGACGGACGCAUCGACUUUGAUGAGUUCCUGAAGAUGAUGGAAGGUGUGCAGUAAAGGAUGGACAUUCCUGCGAGCCAGACCCUGCUUCCAGCCCUGCUCCAUCACCGCACAGCAAAGCCAAGCCCACUCUGGGAGCAGCCUCCAGCCAGAGCACCUGGUCUCCCCUGCCCUGCGAAGCGCUCGCUUUGUACAGUUCCACUGUUCCCCGAGACCAGCUCCCUUGUGGCCAUGCCCUGGGGCUGGUGGGUUGUGGACUCACCUCUCACAUGGCUGGAAAGAGCCUUUCCCCCAUCUGUAAACGCUGUGUAUAGUACUGAAGCCUCAUUAAAAGGGUCAAAGGUUUGAA